UGCCAGCGGUAAAGAUGAUGGAGCCAGGGCCCCCACCCCCUCCAGCCCCCACGGCUGCUGCAGGCCUCGGUGACAGCCUGUCUGAUAUGAACUACUACCGGCAGGCCAUGCAGAGGAUGGCAGAGGACAUCCUGUCGCUGCGGAGACAGGCCAGCAUCCUGGAAAGAGAGAACCGCAUACUGAGGAGCCACCUGGCCCAGCAGGAGGAAGACGGCCAGGGCAAAGCCAGUGAGGCCCGGCACACGGUGUCCGUGAAGCAGAAACUGCUGCUGAGUGAGCUGGAUAUGAAGAAACUGAGGGACAGGGUGCAGCAUUUGCAGAAUGAGCUGAUUCGAAAGAAUGAUCAAGAGAAGGAGCUGCUCCUCCUGUAUCAGGCUCAGCAGCCACAGGCCGCACUGCUGAAGCAGUACCAGGCCAAGGUGCAGAAGAUGAAGGCGCUGGAGGAGACCGUGCGGCACCAGGAGAAGGCAGGUGCCAGAGGGGCUGUCCCGGAGGCCCACCAAUGUUGGCAGGGUAGGGAGCCCCGGGUCCAGCCCAGCCUCUGCUCUGCCCUCCAGGUGAUCGAGAAGAUGGAGCAGGUGCUGGAAGACAGGCUGCGGGACAGGAGCAAGCCCCCACCUCUAAACAGGCAGCCAGGAAAGCCCAGCACAGGCUUCCCUGGGCUCUCAGCCUCUGGCCUGCCCCUAGGUUCUACGACAGAGAACCUGCCGCUUGAACUUUACUCUGCGCUGCUGGCAGAAAAUGCGAAGCUGCGGGCGGAGCUGGAUAAGAACCGCCACCAGCCAGCCCCCAUCAUUUUGCAGCAGCAGGCCCUGCCGGUGGACCCUGGGGAGUUGGGAGCAGGAGGAGACUUGGCAGAGAGGCUGCAAGAGAUACAUGGCCCAGGCCACUCCAAGUGCACACAGACGCUGCCCGCACAGGAUCUCCUCUCUGAUACUUCAGACAAGUUCAACCUCCUGGCCAAGCUAGAACGAGCUCAGAGCCGGAUCCUGUCCCUCGAAAGCCAGUUAGAGGACUCAGCUCGACGCUGGGGACGAGAGAAGCAGGAUCUAGCCACACGGCUGCAGGAACAAGAAAAUGGUUUCAGGCAUCCCUCGAACUCCAUCAUCAUAGGACAGCCUGUGAGUGACCCCCCUGGAGAAGCUCCUGGGGGUUCAGGUGGUGGAGCAGGCAGCCACCCCACCUCCAAAGUCACUGGGCCCUGAGAAAACCACUGUGGGGCCAAAUCCGGGAUUGGGAAUCAGAAGUCCUAGGCUCCUAUUCCUGCUCUGUUUCCAACCGAAGGCUUGGUCUCAAGUCCCCCACUGUCUGAGUAGAACAGAAAACCCCUGCCAAGACCACCCCUUCCCCCAUGGGGUGCUGUGAAACUCAAGGAGAUGACGGUGGAUGAGGGGCCACACAGGCAUCUCUGGGAUGCCCUGGCUCUGAGUGUGCUUUAGAACUGGCUGCACGCAUGGGCAAGGCAGCUUGCGGCCCUACCUCCCUGACUCCACGGAGCCUCAGAAAUUAGCACACCCUUGUUAGGUGGCCACGAUGUAGGCUCCACUUUGCCGACUUCCCAAGAACAAACAGGACUGCUCACAACGGCCCCUCAAGUUCAACCCCGGGGCUGCCCAGCCCCACAAAGCAAAGACCCUGACUUCUGCUCUUCAGCCAGCUGUGCUUUGCCCAUGGCCAGAGCUCAGGGAAAGGCCUGGAAAGGAUGAGGAAAUAGGCAAAGAGCAAAGGCUACCUUUACACACUCACCUGAGCGCUGGGGACUGCUGGAGAAAUUAGGUGUCAAUAUGGCGAAAUGGGUCUUUGCAGGCAUGACCCAGUGGGCUCUGGAUCUGAGGCCUGGUUUGUCAGGCAAUAUGCCCUUGAGCAGGUCACCCGCUGGGAACGGGGGGUACUCAUGCAGCCUACUUUGCAUACCACAGAAUGCCCCCAUCCACUCCAAGGACCUCAAGCAGCCCUCAAAGCUGGAGCCCCUGCUGCCCAGCUCUGACAAUAAGCUCAACAGGCAGUCGACCCCCCAGGAGGAGACCACUAACUCUCAGCAGACCUGAGCCCCGGAGCAGCCCUCCUUCGCUGUGUGCUAGGGAGUCUCAUCCCCGCCCUCUAAAAAUGACUUGAUUAAACGCUGUAGCUCUGUGA